GUAUUGGCCACUGUUUCUGUCGCUCAGUGGAUUCAUGCGCAGUGUCGAAGGGAGGAGUAAACAGCAGUGAGUCACAGCUAACAGGCUAGUGUUCAGCUAUAGAAUGGACAUGAGUACCAGUGAGUGUUUUGGAUGUGGCCGUUCUGGACACUGGAUCAAGAACUGCCCUAAUGCUGGUCGUGGUCGUGGCAGGGGCCGAGGACGAGGAAAGGAUCUGUUCUGUUACCGGUGUGGUGAGCAAGGACACAUCGCCAGAGAUUGCGAACAGACUGAGGAUGCAUGCUACAACUGCCACAGGAGUGGCCAUAUUUCCAGAGACUGUAAAGAACCCAAAAAGGAGCGAGAGCAGUGUUGUUAUAACUGCGGUAAAGCCGGUCAUGUGGCACGCGACUGUGACCAUGCCAACGAGCAGAAGUGCUACUCCUGCGGGGGCUUUGGGCACAUCCAGAAAUUAUGUGACAAGGUGAAGUGUUACAGGUGUGGGGAAAUCGGUCAUGUGGCGGUGCAGUGCAGCAAGGCCACUGAGGUGAACUGCUACAACUGCGGCAAGACCGGUCAUCUGGCGAGAGACUGCAGCAUCGAAGCGUCUGCGUAGCUCAUUUUCCUCUGUCGCUCCCUCCUUUCCUGAUUGAUGGUUGUUUCUCUUCUCUGAAUCCUCUUCAUUGGCCAAAGGCUGGCAAACAGAGGCCUUCCCGGGCCAGUGAGCAGAUAUGAGUUUGUUUUUCCUUCGUUAUAAAGUAAAAGGGGUGGAAAAAAAUAUCUUAUUGCGUUUAAAACAAAAUGUUUUUUUAGGUAGAGGUGUAAUGUAAGACGCUUUGUUAAAGGGCCCCUUUCAAUGCCGCUGGUGAAAAGAUCCAAUACUGGGACAUCAAGAGCCACAUGGAAUGUCUGGGAUCACAGAAGUGAACCUCAGACCAAAUGUAAGAGAAAAGUCGGGUGAAGGAUCAAUUCUGGUGUUUUGUUUUCUUCUUUUUUUGUGUGUUUGUGGUUCUAUGGAGAAAUAUGUAAGCUGGCUUAAGAGGACAGACAAAAACCAUUUUCAUCGCAGGAAGUCCAUUAAGAUCAGGUCCCCACUAGCAGUUCACAGCAAAGAGCGUGUCUACUAUGGAAAUAUUAUAUUGAUAUUUGGGAUUAAGUUGAAUAACUGAAAUAAUAUCUUUUUGAUUUUUUUUUUUCCCCUUUUUUUUCCUUUUGAAUUUUUCCUUUUCCUUUUUGUUUUCCUAAAAAAAAUUAAGUUUGCAGAUUCAGCAAACAAUGCUUGUUAAUGGAAGUUCCAGAGUAAAUUUUAGUCCUUUCUACCUUAAGUUAUCCAGAAAAAAAUAGAGAACAUGUGGAAUUAGAAAACAAAGAAAAGAAUGUUUUCACAGAAAUCAGAUAUUUUUGUACAAUAUCACUUGGACUACUGUAAGAAUAUCAUUGCUUGUACUCAGUUUUUAAGUCGAAAGAAAAUUGCAACUUAAGUCCUAGAACAUAGAUAUGUAAUUUUAAACUGUCAAUAAAGCUGGAGGAGGAUGA